CACGCCUCUGGGCUGGAUGGAUUGCGCUGUGCGUAAAGUCCGACCUGCAGGGGAUCCGAACUUUUUUUUUUUUAAAAAAGGUUUUUUGUUUUUUUUUAAUUCGACAUUAUUGAUUCGCUCUUACGUUCUUAAAUGCAGCGAUGACUCGAGAGGAAGAUCUCAUUCGGAUUGCAAAGAAACUGGACAAGAUGGUGUCUAGAAAUAACACGGAGGGAGCCAUAGACCUGCUGAGGGAACUGAAAGGUUUCAAUAUGACACUCAAACUUCUCCAGGAAACAAGGAUUGGCAUGUCUGUGAACGGUAUCAGGAAGCACUGUGCGGAUGAGGAAGUGAUUGCCUUGGCGAAGGUCCUCAUUAAAGACUGGAAAAGACUUCUGGACUCUGGCCAUUCUCACUCUGAGAAGUCAUCAGAAAUGAAGAACGGUUUGGACUCCAGCAAAACAGCAGCGCCUGCAAAUGGCUCGCCUUCUGAGAAACAGAGCAGUCACAGGAGACCGGACGUCAACUCGAAACAGGACUCGGAUCCUGACAAAAAACACUCCAAUAGAAACAAAAAAGAAAAACAUAAUGACGAGUCUAAAAACAAAAAAAGACACGCCGAUGACCCCAGAGAUGAGAAGCACCCGGAGGAGCCUCAAAAUGAGAAACAUCCCCAAGAAAUCAGUAAAGAGAAGCAUUUAGAAGAAUCCAAAAAACAAAGAGCAGCAGAGGAUGCCCAGCUGGAAAUAGACAAGAAACAGAAACAUGUGCAAGACCUGCAGGGUGAGAAACACAAGCCAGAAGCAAGGAAAGAAAGACCGUCGGAAGAACGGAAAAAGAUGAGACACGUGGAAGAAGUCAAAAAAGAGAAACACCCUGAAGAACCCAGGAAGCACAGCUACACGGACGACAUUAAGAGGGAGAAGCACAGGGAAGAGAACAGACAUGAGAGGCUGAUAAACACGCCGCAGCGAGAGAAACCGCCGAGUGAACUCCAGAGAGAGAAACCUGCUGAUGUCCACAAACCGGUGUUUGAAAGGAGAGGAGUGUUGGACAGCAGUAUUCUGUAUCCCACCCGGUUCCCCUCUCCUCCUCGACCCCCUCGGCCUCCUCUCCAGAUCAAACGCCCCUCUUUGGACCUGAAAAAGGACAGGAAGGACGGUAAAGAUUCUUCCUCCCAUCAUCCUCGUCCUCAUGCUUCCCCACUUUCUUCUCCUCCUCCUCCUCCUCCAGCCAAGAGACCAUCACUGGAAGCAAAGAAAGAGAGGAAAUUUCCACUGGACCCAAAUGCUCCUAUAGCUCCUCUUCCUCUUCACCUUCAUCCUCCUCCACCAAGAAAAGAGCCUCCUGACCCCAAUGCUCCUCUUCCUCCACUCCCUCUUCACCUUCACCCUCCGCCUCCGCUGAAGCGGCCCUCACUGGAUGGGAAAAAGGAAAGCAGGAAGGAGUCAUCAGACUCUAAACCUCCUUCACAGAAGAAGAAGAUGUCAGACCAUCUGAAGAAAGACAGGAAGGACUCAUCUGAUAACAAAGUGUCUAAAAAGAACUCAGAUGAAGCCAAAAGAGAAAGGAGUGAAUCAUCAGACUCUAAGCCGCCUCCACCCAAAAAGCCAAGUGUGGAUGUCAAAAAAGAAAAACACAGGAAGGACUCCUGUGACUCAAAGCUUGGCCAACCUGUGAAACGUCAUUCAGCCGACUGCAUACCUGACAGGCGAGAAUCCACUGAUUCUAAGAAAAGCAGCUCACCACCAGCAAAGAAGCUAACAGCUGAAAGGAGACAAUCUCAGGGCUCCAAGUCCUCUCAGCCUGCACCUCCACAGAGGAAACCCUCUACUGACAGCAUUGAAAGAAAGGGGAAAAUCGAUACCCCUAAAUCUCCCACCACACCGACCAGCCCCAUGUCUCCCAGCUUCAGUUCUGCUGGGGGUCCACUGUCCCCUCAUUUGGCUACCGGGGACUCUGUCAGAGACAAGUGCAUUGAGAUGCUGGCAGCUGCCCUUCGCACAGACAAUGACUACAAAGAUUUUGGAACUAACUGUGAAAGCAUGGCUGUGGAGAUCGAAGAUCAUAUCUACCAGGAGAUAAAGGCCACGGAUAUGAAAUAUAAAAACAGAGUCCGCAGCCGCAUCAGCAACUUGAAAGACCCAAAGAACCCCGGGCUUCGCAGAAACGUUCUCGCAGGAUCCAUCAAAUUAAGUCGCAUCGCCUCCAUGUCUGCUGAGGAAAUGGCCAGUGACGAGCUGAAGCAGCUGAGGAACGUUCUCACCCAGGAGGCCAUCAGGGAGCACCAAAUGGCCAAAACCGGUGGCACCACCACCGACCUGCUGCAGUGCGGCAAGUGCAAGAAGAAGAAUUGCACCUACAACCAGGUGCAGACACGCAGUGCUGAUGAGCCAAUGACCACAUUUGUUCUGUGUAAUGAGUGUGGUAACCGCUGGAAGUUCUGCUAAUGCCUUCCAGGUGAAACCACAUUUUUUUUCUGAGCAAACUGAACUACAUAUAUUCUAUAAUGAAAGAGGGAAGAGGGAGAUUAUAAAUUAUUGCAGCUAGUGAUUUAAACAUAAUAAUAGUGACUUUACAAUUUUUACUUGAAAUUUUGAGAUUUGUAAGCCUGUGCUAUUAAUUAGGAUUUGCUUUGUAUGGAACUGAAGACUGAAGCAUGAACGUUACUUUGACGACUGUUGGAACAAUGAGUGAUGAUCAUGGUGCUGAUAAAGAGACUAUCCAGUCAGUAUAUGCUAUGCCAUGUUACAGCUGUUCACUUUGUAUAUAUCUAAUUCCAAUAAAACAGCGGAGCUCACCAGUAUGAUGGCUUUUUAAACUCACGUUUAAUAAAAAAUUUUGACGAUCA